UAUCUUCAUCAUAUCCACACUUUCUUUUCUAUUUUCUUUUUUCUUUUGGCCUUUCGGAGAGAUGUCUUGGAAAUAUGUAAACCCAUUUCUUAUUUGUCGCCACCAAUUUCAUUUUAUCGCCACCCCCCCUUGAAUGAAAUUACGAUUUUACCCCUGAAACUUAAAAAAUUACGAAAAUGCCACUAAGCUUAUAAUUUAUAUAAAAACACUUCAAAUCCACUCAAUAACACUUUCAUCACUUCCAUAAAAUCAAAUUCUUCACAUAAAAUUAAGCGGAGCUAAAACUUUGGAAUCGAAAUCGUCAACAAAAAUUCGAGUAAAUGGCUGGAAAUCAAGGUAAAGGAAAAGGGUUUUUUAGAGGUUUAUUAAGCGGCAAUAGAUCUAGGCCUACUUUACUGAGAGGUGAUCCCCAUGAGAGGGGGGUUACGGGAUCUGCAAGGCGAGCAAGGCAAGAACAAGCGGCCAUACAUAGUCAGGCCCAACGUUCAAGUACCCUAGAGCAAGUGCGUAGUCGCUUUGAGCGCCAAAGUAGCCUACAUAGUCAUACGGUCGGCUCAGGUGACGAUGAUACUGAUUACGACGAGUCUCUUAGUCGGGAAGAGUCUCUUGGUCAGGAUGAGUCUGCAUGUCAUCCUGUUGAUUGGACGAUCGUAAGAGGCCAUGCUGUUAAGUUCAAGAGUAGAGGGCAGGGCUCGAGUGGCACUUCUGAUCAGGCAGGAGUAAGCCAGGCUGAGGAUGCGGCUCCACGGGGGAGGAGGCGAUCGCAGUCCGCGGACACGGACUGGUUAAUCACAUCAGCCCAGCCCGGGGGCCCUGUUGAUACUACUUUAAUACCCAGCUACGGUGGGCACGUAGCAAAGGCUAUAUUUGAGGGAUCGGAGCGCACCCCUCCGAUUUUGGAAUGUCGUGCUCGGAAGAAAACGUUGGAUUCAAUCAUUAGACUUCAGGACAUGUCUGAUGAAUUGUACAGAGUGUUACCUGGUACUCCCCUUGGUCGGCUGCCGUAUAUAAUGCACCAGCACAUCGACAGUGCUCUCAUUACGGCAUUUGUGGAAAGGUGGCAGCCUGACACGAACACCUUCCACAUGCCGUGGGGGGAGAUGACCAUAAUGUUGCACGACGUGCAACGCAUCUUGGGAAUUGGCAUUGACGGUUCACUUCCCGUGCAACCGUCUGAUAAUGAAUGGCAGCUUGGCCUGGCCGGCCUUUUUGGUAUGCCAUUGUCGGAGCUGCGUGCGAAGGGGCACUUCACAAGCGGCAGCAUUAAUGUUGGUGCACUGUUGCAGCUAUGCCACCGUUCUCAGUCUAUGGAUACUCAACGUACCGCCUACUACAUGGCUAUAGUAGGUUCCACGUUGCUCGUGGAUAAGACUAGAGUCGGGAUGCGUCCUCACCCUGUUGUUACUGUUACCGCUGAUGAGGCUGAUAUUGCUUGGGGUGCAGUGACGCUUGCUCACAUGUAUCGCCAACUGGGUAUGGCGACAAGGACUGGGUGCAAGACUAUUGCUGGUUGCCUGACACUGUUGCAGACAUGGAUUUACGAGUACUUCCCAGCCUUCCGCCCCCAUCCGCGUCAAGCUGACAUGCCGAACAAGACAAGGGCAGAGAUGUGGUCCCCGCCGAAGCCAAUCCGCGAGCUGAGCAGACUGAUAGACUGUAGGAGCAUACUGGAUGCCAUGACAGAGGCACAGGUGGAGUGGACUCCGUACUUGACUUAUGAUAGGUCUUUAUUGAACGAGCACCCACGUACCUCGUAUAUCGGUGGUAUCACCUGUUUCGAUAUCGUGGAGGUCUAUUUGCCUGAGAGGACAGUGAGGCAGCUCGGUUUUGCACAGGAGAUUCCCCCGGCUCCGCUGAGACCUACCCAAGCUCUGCGACCAGCACAGGGCUCCUACUCAGUUACAUUCGCUUCUUCCUGUAUGUUUACGGAGAUGUGGAGUAGGUUCCCUUACUGUGCCCGCGUAGUGGAGCAGGCACAGCGUCGCGCAUCGGUUCCAUCAGAGGCUGCCCCGGAUUACGUGGACUGGUUUAGAGUGUCUUCCCACUGUUUUCUUAUCCCAGGUGAAGGACCUGCUGCUGCGUUUGGUGCUGCUGAUAACAGAGUCGAAUAUUUUGCUGCUGAAUUUCCAACUCGACUUGCACCAUUGCUCAGGAUGCCAGCUAUUGCUCAAAUGACGCCUCGGGAAAGAGAUGCUGCUGAUAUGUAUUUAGAGGAUCUUAGAGAGUUGUUUUCCGAAUGGCAAGAGUGUAGAGGGCGCAGCCCCUUAUAGACAUUUACCUGUUUUGUAAUGCAUGAACAAUUGUUGUAUUUAAUCUUUAUGUAUGAACAACUUUUUAAUCGUUUGAACAAUUGAAUUAUAUAUAAACACUAUGGAGAAUCUAAAU